GUUGUAAAGGCGUUUCUUCAGUGAUCGAGGCGUACGGCCGCGUGAUCGAGUGUUUGAUACUGUAUAGAUUGUUUGAAAUUGUCACUGGAUUUUCACGACAGUGUGUGUGUGUGAGUGAGUGAGUGUUUUUCCGACAGUUCGAAACUGAAAGGCUUGCUCGUUGUGUGACUUUCUUCUUUGUCGUCCGUUGGUUGUCCGUUUCCGGACUGAGAGGGAAGGAAACUAUGGUUGCCCCGAGCACGUUGUUAGCGGGUGGUUUGGCAGUGGCGGCCUGCGCACUGCUCUCGAUCGCAUCAGCACUUCCGCAACAAACAGUUACCACCUACCAUGGCAAUCUGUAUCCCGGUGCGCUCGGCACUUCGGUCGUUGGCAGUGCGCCAAAGCUGAUACUGCCCGAUUCUAGCUCAUCCGACGAGCGAAUUCUUACCGGAUCGGACGACUUUUUGACUGCCUUUUCGGCCAGCGGUGAUGACACCUGUAGCUUCGACAAAUAUGCGUUCGAUCACGACGGCACAGUUAAGUACAGCAACAAGCUGCCAGCCCUUAACCAGUUCACGCUCUGCAUGUGGAUGCGAUUUACCAAUCACACCGGUGACCACACGAUCCUCACCUACUCCGUCGAAGAUGAACCGCGCGAAAUUCAGCUCUGGAUUUCCAACAGCAUGGGCAUGAGCUACAUCAGUUUGGCCGUCCAUGGCCAGUCACUGUUCAGGUUGAACUAUCCUUUCAAAAUGCGAAAGUGGCACCACGCUUGUGCGUCGUGGAACGGCAAAACCGGCGAAUGGCAACUGUGGAUCAAAUCGGAGCGCGUCGGACGCGGAUUCCACAACCGGUUGGUCAAUUACGAAAUCAAACCCUACGGUACGCUGUUCUCCGGUGGUUCAUCCAUUACCGGGCUGACCGAUGUCGGGCUGCACUUCGAGCUGACGGCGGUGCAGAUGUACAAGGUGGCGCUGAGCGCAGGCAAGGCGCACCGAGACCACAAGCAUCACCAUGUGCACCAUUUCGAUCAUAACGGUGGUGAGGUUACGUCCACCACUCCCCGGACCCAGGUGGCGCCUUCACCCCAGCCGGCGAACCCGCUGCUGGCGAAUGGUCAGAUUCCGACGCGCGUCAAGAUCAACCUCGCGAGCAACGGUGCCCAGCAGAACAGUGGCACGCUGGGCAUUCCUACCAAGGGAUUGCCGUCGCAGCUGGUCGGUGGUUUCACCCCGUCCACCGGCAACGGUGCUACCGUCACGACCAACUUCGUCAACGGCCAGUUCAGCACGGGCGUUCGGUUCCUGCAGGAGCAGCUCGUAUCGACCAACGUGAUCGGUGGUCAGCCGUUCCCGCGGUCUAGCAGUGUCGGCGGCAGCAGUUCCACCGGUGCAUUUACCUUCCCGGACACCAGCAGCGAACUGGGUACGGGCGGUGCUUACUCAAUCGUGCAGCUACCAACCGACACAACCGCACGCAAGAUUUUCAAACGCCAGACGACGGGUGCGAAGAAGAAGGUCUCCGAGCCGAGCGGCGAAACGAAGGCAAAGCGCGAUCUUGUCCAGCUGCAGGACGGUUCGCUGCUGCAGAGUUCCGAGUACAUCUUUGACGGGCUGGCCGAGUUCGGGUUGCCCGAUUUCAAAAACAAGGUCGGGCGUGAAACGGACAUCGAGGACGAGAUCCGCGAGCACGACAAAGAGCCGGCCGAGGAGGAGGUGCGAGCCGUCAUGAACAUAUGCUCCAAGUGCGCGCCAGAACCGUUCGCCAAGGCGCUGGUGUUUGCCUGGAAGGAUGCCGUGACGGAGCUGGGCGGUGCGCUGUCGGCUAAGGCGUCCACCCACUGUGGCCAUUUCUAGGGGUCGCGGUAAAACUGCUGCUGCCUUGCUGGAUCGGCCGGGCCGAAACGCUCGCAGAACGUAAACGUUAACAGUAUGCAUAUUUAAAAAUACCUCAAACCACCCCCCAUACAUUAUUAGUGUAUUUUAUGAAGCCAUAGCCCAAGUGUGAGUGAUGUACAGGCGAUGUAUGCGAAAAAGCAAUAAAUGUAUUAUAACAACGAUA